AAAGAGGAUACAAUGUUUUUGUGUUUAUUCAGGUGUUGCGUCGUCUGUCUGUUAGAAUGAACAAUCACCAUUGAUUGUAUUGAUGGGUAUAUACCAAAAGAAUAGAUUCCACGUUAACAAUUUUUAGACAUUGUCCAUAUUGUACUAAUAAUGGACCAUCUCAUCAUGUAAUCAACGAAAUCUAAUGUAUGGAUCAUUACGAUGUUGGUUCAUUAUUAUGGCAGGCAUUCUUUGCCGUAGCCAUGUUUUUUGCGACAUUCAUUUCAUAUCUAUUGCCUAUUGUUAUUUUUAUUCGUCGUCGUAAACUACAACAAGGUUUGCCGAAUAAUUCGGAAAACAAUGAAACUGAUUAUAAUCAACAAUCCUAUCAUUGGAGUGAUUUGACCGUUUUUCAUUCAUCUAUAGAAUCCCAUGAUCAUCGUCAACAAAAAAAUCGUUGGAAACGUUGGCUUUCCUAUUGUAAUUGCAUAUCGGCCGGCGUUUUUCUUGGUGUUUGCUUUCUGAGUUUAGUGCCCUGUGUAGAAAAUGAAUUUGAUAGUUUGAUCAAGGAUUUUCCAUCGUUAAAAAAUUUAUUUGGUUCAUUCUCGGUUGGCCAAUUCAGCAUCAUUUGUGGUCUAUUUUUGGUUUUAUUUCUGGAGAAUUUUCUUUCAAGCUGUUUUAAUGGCUCACAAUCAGGAAGUGAUAGAGUGCCCGUUUUGCAUCUUGAUGAGGAAACGAUCGAUCAGCGUUCGGAUAAUCAUGAAGAAGAGCUGCUUCUCAAUUCCAACGAUGUGCCUGCAAAUGGCAUUGUAAGCCAUCAAUCACCCAAUUCAACAUUACUUCGAAGCGAUGCUUCCAGAGUACCUUCAACUAGUCAUGAUCACAAUAGAUUGAAUGAUCAUCAUCACCAUGGCCAUCAUCAUUUGAAUGUUGAUCAAUUGCAAAGCCGUAACGAUUCGAUGUUUUCGUUUUUUAUCCUGAUGUUUGCAACAAGCGUACAUUCAUUAUUUGAAGGCAUGGCCCUAGGUUUACAAACAAAUCUUAAGACAGCUAUUCAUUUGUUUAUUGGUAUCAUUCUACAUGAAUGCUUGGUCGCUUUGGCACUUGGCCUAAAUGCCGUUCGUCUUCAACAAGAUACGAUUCAGAUGACAACACAUUUGAAAUUUGCCACCGUAUUUUCACUAAACAUACCACUCGGAAAUCUUUUAGGCAUUCUUAUUGGCUAUACUCCUGGUCAUAUUGGACGUUUCGUUUCGGCAAUCUUUCAGGGCUUUGCAGCAGGAACCUUUAUUCAUGUUACUUUUUUCGAAUUGAUACCCGAAGAAUUUAUACAUAACGGUGAUGCACAACACCAUAAUCAUAAUAAUAAAAUUCACAAUAAUCAUCAGCAAAGACCAAAUCGUAUACAAAAUAAUACGACAACGCGACAAUCAUCAAAUGAUGAACAAUUGACCGAUAUUGAUCUUUAUGGCAAUGGUAAUGUUGAUCAUGACCAUGCCAAUCACUUUAAUCAUAAUGAACCAUUAUCAUUGAAACUACGAAAAAUAUCAUUACUAUUUGUUGGCUUUCUUCUCAUGGCUUUGAUUGCAUUUAGCUUUUCCGAAUCCGAAUGAUUAUUAUGAUGAUAAUUUUAUUGAUUUGAUAAAAAUUAAAUCAAAUAUAUUCAAAUGAAA